AUUGCGGUCAUGUCUACAGACAUCAUGUCAGUUAAAUCGUCUGCAAAUAAAGCGACAAGGCGAAAGACUAAAGUGAAGAAGUCAGGAACCACUCUCUCUGAUUUGAUCAUCAAGAUCGUGUCAGCCUCCGAGGAGCGCGCAGGUGUCUCUCUGGUUGCUUUGAAGAAAGCAAUGGCUGCCAAUGGUUACGAUGUUGCAAGAAAUAACUCUCGCAUCAACCUGGCAGUUAAGCGCAUGGUGGUCACGGGUAAACUGACUCAGACCAAAGGGACUGGCGCAUCAGGAUCAUUUAAGAUCGGCACGAAGACUGUAACAAAACGAAAAAAGCCAAAGGCGAAGAAAGCGAAGAGGAAACGUGCAGGAGCAAAGAAAACGCCAAAGAAGAGCUGGAGAAUGAGUUUAAAGAGUCCCGGAGAAGCAAACGAGACAGCUGCGGAGCCUGCGGUCAAGAUAAAAAGAUCAAAGAGAAUCAAACGAAAUGUUUCAAAAACAUCAAAAGCCAAAGAUGAAAAGAAAUAA